AUGGUCACAAGGUAUAUGGUAUUGACACGGAGCCCAAUUAACUCAAGAUUAUCAUGGUCCAGAUGGUGUAUUUUUGAGUCUGUAACUCCGCUCAUGGUGGUAUGCUUAACCCAUAGAAGGUACUAACAUGCUCCACCUAAGUGAACCGUUUUCAUCAAGCAUUUUGCCUGAGUAUUGGUAAAGAACAGCCACUAUGUCCAACAACACAAGCAGCUGCCCAGACAACGAAAUUCCGGACGUCUAUCAAGUCAUACAUGGAUCCCUAACGUUCCACAAAAUACUACUUGUGGUUGCCUCUGUAUUGACAGUGAUAACAACAAUCCUGUUUGCUGAAUCGGUAUAUUAUGUAAGAAACAAGAUACCGGCUAAAUUGAGACGGAAUAAAAUGAUAUGGGUAUUGGGGUUAUACCCGGUAUUCAGUAUCACAAGUUGUAUUUCUCUAUUCAUACCACGUGCUGCAAUGAUGACAAACUUUACAGCAUCUAUUUAUCUUUCCGUAACUUUAUACAUGUUUGUCACACUAAUCAUUGAUUACUAUGGCGGAUCGGAUGCAAUGCACCAAACACUGAGAAAUAAAGAGAUGAAAAUCACUACAUUGCCACUGUUGUGUUGUUGUUUGUGCAUACCAUCGGUCACAGUAACUGAACGAACUGGUCGGUGGUUGAGACGAGCUGUUUUACAAGUAGCAAUUAUCCGUCCUCUUGUGCUGUUUGCUGCCGUUGUGCUGUGGGUUGAUGGGAAAUUUACACCAGGAGUGGUUGGCAUAGGCGAACCGUAUUUGUGGAUAUCCAUUAUUUCCAUUACAUCGACACUUACAGCCAUCCAAGCUAUCAGCAUUUUACACGGUAUAUCGAAGGAACCGUUAAAAGACUAUAAAAUCACGUUCAAGUUCUUAUCCAUUCAGUUAACCCUUAUAUUUGGCAAUGUUCAACUGGGCGUGUUAACUACUCUAUCUAAUGCUGGUGUAAUAACGUGCACUGAUCUGUUAGAUAACCGUGCACGCGUGUACUACAUUUACAACUUUCUUAUCAUCUGUGAGUUCUUCCUCAUCAACAUCUUCUCGCGACUUCUCUUCCGUACACGUAGUCAUGGAAACUUAGAGCAGGUGAUGUCGGCAGAUGAGGCCAUCGAAGCGGGCAAAAGUUACAUCACAUCCUUCAAAACUCCUCCCAACAGUCCUUAUUUGGUUAAAUUCAGCAGUAAAAACGAAGAAGCAAACGGUGUAUGUAAUUGUCAUACAAACGGUGGUCUGACAAAUGUUGCCAUGGAGAAGCUUCAGAAUUCUGAAAUUCAGGAAUAGACUACUUCGAUACCUGCGCUUGUUAUCACGUAAACUUGUCAUUAGUGUUUGACGUGCGCCCACUGGUGUUGGCUUACAAACUCACGCAGUAAUGACAAAACUAUUAUAAUCAAAAAAGUUGAAUCAAUGUUAUACAUAACAGGAGAAGAAUUGAGAAACCCCACCAAAUUUGUGACGUGGGAAACAAGAUAGCAAUAUUGAUUCUUGUUGAGAAGAGGCUAAUCAAUUCACGACCGCACGGACAGCAGAAAUAAUCAACGCACAUAUUCUGUAAUAUGAUUGCUGAUAAAUUCGGGUGCAUUUCGACGCAUCGAUCCUCUUAUUAGAAUAUAACAUCAGUGUAUUCGCAUGAUAUUCAUUAAUCGGCGGGCCCGGACACUUCGCUCAUUUUAUAUAUGCACAUCAGAUAUUAUUAGUCACUUUUCAUAGGAUAUGUGUGUUGUGUUAACGACUAUACACGUACGAUUCAAUUCGGAGCUAUUGAUCGGAGC